AUGUCUGAUCAUGAGGGCGAUGUCCACGAUGACUGGGAAGAUCUAUCCUUGCCUGGGGGCACAUCCUUCUCGGCCGACUCGCGAAGAGGUACCGAGAGUCUCAACUAUGGCAUUCGCUUGCAGCAAGGUCUCAACGGAACACCUGCUGGCAUCGCCCGCACCGGCAUUGCUCCCAGAAUCGCUCAAAACAGAGUCGAACCAAACUAUCGUCCUCGGAUACAAGCCAUUGCCGGCAUAGCAAACCGUCCUGGCGGAAUUCAGGGUCGUACUAGUAGAUCCAAGGCCGAAAUAAGCCCUGCCGUCGACAACCAAGGCCAUCGAAACUUCAAUGCCGGACUCCCAGAGGCGGCUCACUAUGAUCUCACGAUCGUUUGGCGGAGCUUUCUGACCAACUUGAAGCCCGAAGGGAAACAGACCCCCAGCGAGAUUGCUCGAAUGCGCCUAGACGAGAUAUGUCGUCGCACCAAUACCUAUCUUCAUCCCAAGGAUCCGGAUUCGGUCCAGAUCGGUAUCUGGGGCGAAGACGAAGAUGUCGAGCGAGCUCGAGCUGAGCUAACAGUGUUUGAGCACGACAUCAGGCGGACCGGUCUGCGGCCAAACCGUGAUGCAUGGCACAAAGCGAGAGGCUACGAUGGCCGUGUUGAGGAUCGAGCUACUCGCAAUCUCCGCGAGAAGGAUCUAGCCGCGGCGCGUCUCGCUCACAACAAGCAGAGUCAUUUCGAAUACCAAGCCUUCUUACUUUGGCCAUACAGAGUCGACAUGAAGCGCUUCCGAGAGAAGCAUGAGGACAACCUUCUACGGGAAAUACAAGGUAGCAUGAUGUGCAGUAUCGACUUUUUCGACACGAGUAUUCGCUAUGUAAGGAUCUCGGCCCAAGACGAACGCGAAAUCCACCAUGUGUACCAGCGGAUGGUCAACCUCAUCAAGGAGGCAGUGGCCGAACACGGCUUAUUUUCACGAAUCAACCGCUUUCGUCUACCUAGAGCCUCGAUCUACCGAGAUAAGAUCGGCUUGGAUAUGGACCCAACGACUAAGAUCAUGAUCCCGACUCUUCAUGGUGAUCCGCUCCCUGAGGAUGAAUAUGAGAAGUGGCAGAGUCUAUGCAAGCAGUCAGACGCUCAGAACCGUGCCAUACUUCGGAAUGAGAUGGAGUCUAUCAUUCAAGCGAUGCAAGCUCCUGGUCAACAGGUUCGCAUGCGGGUCACGUUCACCGAGCUCGGCUUCAGGCAGUAUGAACGCCCAUCCGAUGGUCAAGAAUACCACAAGCUUGACGAUUUCUGUGAAAUGCUUGGGAAGCCCCUUACUGAAGUCGGCAUGGCUGGUAUUCGCAGUACCUCCGACACCAACCUAGGCGACUUGGUGCCUAUCCUCUCUGCUAUGCCCGAAUUUAGAGAUGCCGAAACACGUUUUACUCUACAUUUCGACUUCCACGGUUCCAACCGGAGUACCCUCCGUUUCGAACGCGAGAUGUACAUUGGCUUGACUGGCGAAUUAGAGGAUGAAGCGAAUCGCUGGCUCCAGUUCUCACAUGCUCAGAACGAGUACGAGGUUCUCGAAUUCAACAUGCUAGACUUUGAGAGGCUGCGCGCGAACUACUCUGUACAUAUCGGUAAGACCGAUCUCUAUGAGUCCACCGAGCACGAGAGAUCAUUGCAUGGCUUUUCACACAAUGUCACGUACACGCAUGACCCGCGAGGAUUGCAGGCCCCAGCACGCAGACGUGCAGUAUUCCCACCUGGCAGGAAAUCUUUGCUACGACACGAAGAGAUCACGAUUGCACGCUUCAGCUUCAAGGGUCCCGACGCACGCUUUGAGAUCGUUCGUAAGGAUAUGUUCGACGCUGGUGCGCAGAGUGGAACCAACCCUAGCAAGACAUUGUGGUACGCACAGUACUACUACCCAGAGUGGGACACUUUGUUGGGCGAAUUCGGCAACUUGAAGCCUGGGGAGGAAGUGUCGUGGCCACGGAAGAUGGAGACAUUUUUCAUUCCAGGGAUGGCAAGGAAUGAUCACCGCCCGCUCCCGAAAGGGUUUAAUGGCUUCUUCAGUGAGGUUGAGGAGAUCCAGAGUCUGUUGCAGAAGGCGAUUCAGACGCUCGAAGAAAGUAAGAUGUAA